AUGAGUGCUCCGAUUGUGCUUGAAAACACGUCCCGUAGAGAUACCCUCAUCUCUAUUGAGAAAAAAUACCAGAAAGUCUGGGCCGAUGCCAAAGUCUUUGAGGUCAAUGCGCCAACCAUUGCGGAAGAGCCAGUCUCCGUGGAUCCGGAAGAGCUUCGUGAGCGUAUCCCUAAGCACUUUGCCACCAUGGCCUACCCUUAUAUGAACGGUGUUCUCCAUGCUGGUCACUGUUUCACCCUCUCCAAGGUUGAAUUUGCUACCGGUUUCGAGCGCAUGCAAGGUAAACGCGCCUUGUUCCCAUUGGGGUUCCACUGCACCGGUAUGCCGAUCAAGGCAUCGGCCGACAAGAUUGCCAGAGAGAUUGAGCAGUUUGGUGUCGACUUUUCGGGCGUUCCAGCUGAAACCGAAGAGGAGGAGGCCCCUAAGGUGGUUGCCAAGAGAGAGGAUGUCUCCAAGUUUACCGCUAAAAAGUCCAAGGCCGUUGCCAAGCAAGGCAGAAGCAAGUACCAGUUCGAGAUCAUGAUGCAAUUGGGAAUUUCUAAAGAAGAGGUGGCCAAGUUUGCUGAUCCCACCCACUGGUUGUACUUCUUUCCACCUUUGUGCGAGAAGGAUGUCACCUCCUUCGGUGGCCGUGUCGAUUGGAGACGUUCGUUCAUCACCACCGAUGCCAACCCGUACUACGACUCGUUCGUCAAGUGGGAGAUCACCCGCUUGAGAGAAUGCGGGAAGAUCAAGUUCGGUGAGAGAUACACCAUCUAUUCCGAGAAGGACGGCCAGGCCUGUAUGGACCACGACAGAUCUUCUGGUGAAGGUGUCACUCCACAGGAGUACACCGGGAUCAAGAUCAAGGUCACUGAGUUCGCUCCAGCCGCCCAAGAAGCGUUCGCUGCCGCUAACUUUGACUUUGCCGGUAAGAACAUUUUCCUCGUCGCCGCCACCUUGAGACCUGAGACCAUGUACGCACAGACUUGUUGUUUCGUUUCGCCAAAGAUCACCUACGGGAUCUUUGAUGCCGGCGACAACAACUACUACAUCUGUACCGAGCGUUCCUUCAAGAACAUGUCGUUCCAGAAGAUCACCCCAAAAAGAGGGGACUACACCGCCGCCACCACUAUCCACGGUAAGGCGUUGGUCGGGUCCAAGAUCCAUGCGCCGCUUGCCAAGCACCAGGAGUUACGUGUCUUGCCAAUGGAAACCGUCUUGGCCACUAAGGGUACCGGUGUUGUCACCUGUGUGCCGUCGGACUCCCCAGACGAUUUUGUCACCACUAGAGAACUUUUCAACAAGCCAGAGUACUACCAAAUCGAGAAGGAAUGGGUUUCCUUUGAGGCGGUUCCUAUUAUCAGAACUGAGAAGUACGGUGACAAAUGUGCCGAGUUCUUGGUCAAUGAGAUGAAGAUCCAGUCGCCAAAGGAUUCCGUGCAGUUGGCUGCCGCCAAGGAAUUGGCCUACAAGGAAGGUUUCUACAACGGUAUCAUGACGUACGGCAAGUACGUCGGCGACAAGGUUGAGGUCGCCAAGCCUAAGGUUAAGGCUGACUUGAUCGCCUCCGGCGACGCGUUCGUCUACAACGAGCCGGAAGGUGUUGUUAUCUCCAGAUCGGGUGAUGACUGUAUUGUGUCCUUGGAGGACCAGUGGUUCAUCGACUACGGUGAGGAUCAGUGGAAAUCCCAGGCUCUCGAGUGUUUGGAGCACAUGAACACUUUCUCUUCCGAGACUAGACACGGUUUCGAAGGUGUUUUGGAUUGGUUGAAGAACUGGGCGGUCUCCAGAACCUACGGGUUGGGUACCAAGAUCCCAUGGGAUGAGAAGUACUUGGUUGAGUCACUUUCAGACUCCACCGUCUACAUGGCGUACUACACCGUCUGCCACUUCCUCCACUCUGACUACUACGGAAGGGAGUUGGGCUCCAUGAAGAUCCGGCCAGAACAGAUGACCAACGAGGUUUGGGACUACAUCUUCACCCGCCGUGAGAACAUUGACACCACUAUUCCUAUCGAACAGUUACAGCUGAUGAGAAGAGAGUUCGAGUACUUCUACCCGUUGGACGUCAGAGUCUCCGGGAAGGAUUUGAUUCCUAACCACUUGACCUUCUUCAUCUAUACCCACACGGCGCUCUUCCCUAAGCAGUACUGGCCACGUGGUGUCCGUGCCAACGGGCACUUGAUGUUGAACAACGCCAAGAUGGCCAAGUCCACCGGUAACUUUAUGACCCUCGAACAGAUUGUUGAGAAAUUCGGUGCUGAUGCCUCCAGAAUUGCGCUUGCCGACGCCGGUGACACCGUUGAGGAUGCCAACUUCGAUGAGUCCAACGCCAACGCUGCCAUUUUGCGUUUAUUCACCUUAAAAGAGUGGUGUGAAGACACCCUCAGGGGAGGCGCCUUGAGAACUGGCCCGCUCGACAACUUCUUCGACGUCUCCUUCGAGAACGAAAUGAAUGCAUUGAUUGAGGAAACCUUCGAGAACUACCAGGCCACUAAUUACAAGGCUGCCUUGAAGACCGGGUUGUUUGACUUCCAGACCGCUAGAGACUUCUACAGAGACAACACCCAGGGUGUUGGCAUGCACCGGGACUUGGUCUUGAGAUUCAUCGAGGCCCAGGCCUUGAUGUUGGCUCCAAUCGCGCCGCACUUUGCCGAGUAUCUCUACAAGGAGGUUGUCGGUAAGGAGGGUACCGUCCACGAGACUGCGUUCCCAAGAGCUAGCAAGCCACUCUCCAAGGCUGCGUCUGACGCUUUGGAGUAUGUCAGAAGCGUCUCUCGUAGCAUCCGUGAGGCUGAGGGUGCUUUGAUGAAGAAGAAGAAGGGUAAGGCCCCAGAGGCCGACCCUAAGCUACCAUCCAAGUUGCAGUUGCUCAUCUCACCAUCCUUCCCAGAGUGGCAGAACACCUACAUAGACAUGGUCCGCGAAUUGUUUGAGGCCCAGUCCUUGAAUGACAACAAGUUGCUCAAAGAAAAGGUUGGUAAGGACAUGAAGCGGGCCAUGCCGUUCAUCUCUAUCUUGAAGUCCCGCUUGGCGACCGAGAAGCCAGAGAUUGUCUUCAACAGAGAGUUGUCCUUCAACGAGAUUGACACCGUCAAGUCCGUGUUGCCAGCAUUGCAGAAGGCUCCAGCCGCCUUCAACAUUGUUAAGGUCGAGGCCAUUCUCAUCGGUGCUGACGGUAAGGGUCAGGAUGUCGUGACCGGCGAAGCUGUCGAAAUCACUGCAUCUGCCAAGGCUCUUGAGUCUGCUGUGCCAGGUGAGCCAGCUAUUGUUAUCACCAACAUCUAA